AUGCCCACCAGGAGAGCAAGCUUUGGGAAGUGUCCUGACUUGCCCAAGCAAAGAUUAGGGAGCAACGAGGCUGGAGAAGCCAGCCUGGCACACAGCAAGUGUUCGAGAACCACCGAGCCGUUGUGGGAAGCGAGGCACCGAGGCACCGCCAUUAUUUUUAUUGCAACCCUCAGGCUUGGGGGCAGCCUCCCAGAGUCUCUUUGUCCAGCCCCAGGUCAGCUCUCCCUCCCUCAGCCUCCCGGGACUUCGGAGCUCCUCUCCCCACCCCAUGCCCCGCUGCUCUCACACCUGGCCAAGCGGGGACUUGCUUUCGAGGUCACUGAAGCGGCUCUGUGUCAGGAUCUGCAUUUCACCCAGAACGACAGGAGUCUGGUCCCGGAGCUGGAACGCUGGUCGCUGAGGCUGAAGGAAGCCGAUGCUGAGUGGGCAUGGUUCUCCUUGGCUGGCUGUGUCUGUCUGUCCUGCAGCAGUGUGGGACCACACACCAUCGGUCCAGCCAAAGCUGCCACGUGCAUGAAGCUGAAGCAGGUCCUGAAUCACAGGGUCAGGAGCGUCACACGGAGAGCGGCAGCCAUGCGGUCCCACCAGGCAGCGACAUGUGGAAACGUGGCAGCGGGUCCUUCCCCCAACGUUCCCGUCCCUGCCGAACCUACCUGUCAGCAGCCCCUGACUUCAAUGGCACAACAUCGGGCUGGGGCCAGAACAUUCAAAGGCUAUGUGAGGUGCCGCCUGGUGUCUCAGAUCAGGUUCAGAAUGGUGAGUCAGGAUGCUGGCUCCGCUGCACUUGAGCUGUGUGACUCUAGGCAGGCCCCUUCCCCCCUCUGAGCCCCCUUUUCUGUAAAAAGGGGUGGUGAUGCCAGUCCUCCGGAACUGUGGUGGGUUUUCCGUGGGACGAUGAGAAGAGCACGAGAAAGCUCUACCAAUCUGAUUGUCCGUGGGGACAAGGCAGGCGUGCCGUGGCAACAGGGAAGGUCCCCUUCCCCAGGCCCAGGGCCGUGCCAGGCACGAAGGGGUUGAGAGCGUCUGGCCUCCAGUGUUGCUGAGUAUGGAUGGGGAAGUGGGGCCUAGAGUCUGGCGGAAAGAACAGGGAAAUGGGAGUGAGACCUGAGCUCACCCCCGCCCCCCCAUGACUCUGUGACUUGGCAAGUCUUAUCUCCUCUCUAGACCUCGGUUUCCCAGACUUAGCAUCGCGGGACUAACUCUGAUGCCUGUCUAGGCCUUCCAGGUCUGAAAUCUCAGACGUCCUAGAACCCUCCGCCACCACAUUCACCUCCCUCGCGUAGACGAAGCGUCUGCCUGCCUCACUGGGUUUGAAGGAAGAUCACGGUCUUACUCGUUGC